UAAUUGAAGAGAAGGAGAGGAGUAAAGAGGAGGAACAUCAUGUCAAAAUUGAGGAAAAAACUCAUUUACAGACUGAUUUUAAAAGGAGAGACAAUAAUUGUUUCACCUGCACUCAGUGUGGAAAGAGUUUUGGAAGAAAAGACAUUCUUAAGAUUCACAUGAGGAUCCACACUGGAGAGAAACCGUUCACAUGCACUCAGUGUGGGAAGAGUUUCAGCUGCUCAUCACACCUUAAUCAACACAUAAGUAUCCACACUGGAGAGAAACCAUUUACUUGCACUCAGUGUGGGAAUAGUUUCAGCCAAUUAGCACACUUUAAUCAUCACAUGAGGAUCCACACUGGAGAGAAACCAUUCACAUGCACUUACUGUGGGAAGAGUUUCAGCCAAUCAUCAAACUUUAAUAAACACAUGAGGAUCCACACUGGAGAGAAACCAUUCACAUGCACUCACUGUGGGAAGAGUUUCAGCCAAUCAUCAAACUUUAAUAAACACAUGAGGAUCCACACUGGAGAGAAACCAUUCACAUGCUCUCAGUGUGGGAAGAGUUUCAGCCAAUCAUCAAAUUUUAAUCAACACAUGAAGAUCCACACUGGAGAGAAACCAUUCACAUGCACUCACUGUGGGAAGAGUUUCAGCCAAUCAUCAAACUUUAAUAGACACAUGAGUAUCCACACUGGAGAGAAACCAUUCACAUGCCCUCAGUGUGGGAAGAGUUUCAGCCGAUCAUCGGAUCUUAAGAUUCACAGGAGGAUCCACACUGGAAAGAAACCAUUCACAUGCACUCAGUGUGGGAACAGUUUUAACAGCUCAUCACACCUUAAUCAACACAUGAGGAUCCACACUAGAGAGAAACCAUUCACAUGCACUCAGUGUGAGAAGAGUUUCAGCCAAUCAUCAAACCUUAAUCUACACAUGAGGAUCCACACUAGAGAGAAACCAUUCACUUGCACUCAGUGUGGGAAGAAUUUCAACCAAUCAUCAAAUCUUAAUCGACACAUGAGGAUCCACACUGGAGAGAAACCAUUCACAUGCACUCAAUGUGGGACGAGUUUCAUCCGCUCAUCAUCCCUUAAUCUACACAUUAUGAGCCACAAUGGAGAGAAACCAUUCACAUGCACUCAGUGUGGGAAGAGUUUUAAUCGUUCAUCACACCUUAAUCGACACAUGAUGAUCCACACUGGAGAGAAACCAUUCACAUGCACUCAGUGUGGAAUGAGCUUCAGCCAAUCAUCAAACCUUAAUCUACACAUGAGGAUCCACACUGGAGAGAAACCAUUCGCAUGCCCUCAGUGUGGAAUGAGUUUCAGCCAAUCAUCAAACCUUAAUCUACACAUGAGGGUCCACACUGGAGAAAAACCAUUCACAUGCCCUCAGUGUGGGAAGAGUUUUAACAGCUCAUCACACCUUAAUCGACACAUGAGAAUCCACACUGGAGAGAAACCAUUCACUUGCAAUCAGUGUGGAAAGAGUUUUGGAAGAAAAGACAAUCUUAAGAUUCACAUGAAAAUACACACUGGAGAGAAACCAUUCACAUGCACUCAGUGUGGGAAGAGUUUCAGCCAAUCAUCAAACCUUAAUGACCACAUGAUGAUCCACACUGGAGAGAAACCAUUCACAUGCACUCAGUGUGGGAAGAGUUUCAGGAAGUCAUCAUCCCUUACUCUACACAUGAUGAUCCACACUGGAGAAAAACCAUUCACAUGCACUCAGUGUGGGAAGAGAUUCAGCCUAUCAUCACACCUUAAUCAACACAUGAUGAUCCACACUGGAGAGAAACCAUUCACAUGCACUCAGUGUGGGAAAAGUUUUAACCGCUCAUCAGUUCUUUAUCAACAUAUGAGGAUUCACACUGGAGAGAAACCAUUCACAUGCACUCAGUGUGGAAAAAGUUUUAACCGCUCAUCAAACCUUUAUAAACACAUGAGGAACCACACUGGAGAGAAACCAUUCUCAUGUGUUCAGUGUGGGAAGAGUUUUAACUUCUCAUCAACCCUUUAUCAACACAUGACAAUCCACACUGGAGAGAAACCAUUCACAUGCACUCAGUGUGGGAAGAGUUUUACCUGCUCAUCACGCCUUCAUCAACACAUGAGGAUCCACACUGGAGAGAAACCAUUCACAUGCACUCAGUGUGGGAAGUGUUUUAACUUUUCAUCAAACCUUAAUCGACACAUUAGGAUCCACAGUGGAGAGAAACCAUUCACAUGCACUCAGUGUGGGAAGAGUUUCAGCCAAUCAUCACACCUUAAUCAACACAUCAUGAGCCACACUGGGGAGAAACGUUUUACCUGCACUCAGUGUGGAAAGAGUUUUGGAAGAAAACACAAUCUUAAGAUUCAUAUGAGAAUCCACAGUGGAGAGAAACCAUUCACAUGCACUCAGUGUGGGAAGAGUUUCAGCCAAUCAUCAAACCUUAAUAUACACAUGAGGAUCCACACUAGAAAGAAACCAUUCAAAUGCACUCAAUGUGGGAAAAGUUUUAACCGCUCAUCAGACCUUCAUCAACAUAUAAGGAUUCACACUGGAGAGAAACCAUUCACAUGCACUCAGUGUGAGAAGAGUUUUAAUUGCUCAUCAAACCUUCAUACACACAUGAGAAUCCACACUGGAGAGAAACCAUUCAAAUGCACUCAAUGUGGGAAAAGUUGUAACUGCUCAUCAGACCUUUAUAAACACAUGAGAAUCCACACUGGAGAGAAACCAUUCACAUGCACUCAGUGUGGGAAGAGUUUUAACUUUUCAUCAAACCUUCAUCGACACAUGAGGACCCACACUGGAGAGAAACCAUUCAUAGACAAGAAUCAUUUCACCUGCACUCAGUGUGGAAAGAGUUUGGCAAAAAAAAGCAAACUUAAGAUUCACAUGAGGAUCCACACUGGAGAGAAACCAUUCACAUGCACUCAAUGUGGGAAGAGUUUCAGCCAAUCAUCACACCUUAAUCAUCACAUGAGAAUCCACACUGGAGAGAAACCAUUCACAUGCACUCAGUGUGGUAAGAGUUUCAGCCUAUCAUCAAACCGUAAUAUACACAUGAGGAUCCACACUGGAGAGAAACCAUUCACGUGCGCUCAGUGUGGGAAGAGUUUUAGCCAAUCAUCAAACCUUAAUCUACACAUGAUGAUCCACACUGGAGAGAAACCAUUCACAUGCACUCAGUGUGGGAAGAGUUUCAGCCUAUUAUCAUCCCUUAAUCUACACAUGAGGAUCCACACUGGAGAGAAACCAUUUACAUGCACUCAGUGUGGGAAGAGUUUCAGCUGCUCAUUAUACCUUAAUCAUCACAUGAGAAUUCACACUGGAGAGAAACCAUUCAUAUGCACUCAGUGUGGGAAGAGUUUCAGCCAAUCAUCACACCUUAUUAAACACAUGAGGAUCCACACUGGAGAGAAACCAUUCACGUGCACUCAGUGUGGGAAGAGUUUCAGCCAAUCAUCACACCUUAAUAAACACUUAAGGAUCCACACUGGAGAGAAACCAUUCACAUGCACUCAGUGUGGGAAGAGUUUCAGCCAGUCAUCAUCCUGUAAUCUACACUUGAGGAUCCACACUGGAGAGAAAUCAAACAACAGGAUUUCGCAUGCUUAAACUCUAGUAUGACCGCAGCUUCGGUGUGGGAUGAGUUUCAGCAACUCCUCAGACCUUAAUAAACACAUGAAGACCCACACUGGAGAGAAACCAUUCACAUGUACUCAGUGUGGGAAGAGUUUCAACCGAUCAGCAA